CCUAGCAACUAUGAACAAAACAAACAUGGCGAUGGCUAUUGUUGGUGAAUUUGAAAUAGAAAGAAUAAAUACCAAAAUAAAACAAGAAAAACAAAUGAAGGACAUGUUGGAUAAUUCUCUGCAAGAAUUAAUUACUACUGUCAAAGAACUUGAACAGCGUUCAGAAACUAUACAAGAUGAAGGAAAUGAAUGGCGGACACGUUUUGAGACACAGGAAGAAAUCAACAAACAGCUACAGCAACAAGAUCUUGUACUCACCAAGAAAGUGGAUGAAGCAAGGAGUAACUUGAAAGAAGCCAUGAAGAAGCCCAAAGAUAACAACAGUACCCAAGACAACACAGAAAUUACUCCUCAAUAUGUUAAAAUCCUGGAGAAAGAGAAGAACAGUCUAGCAAAUCAGCUGAGAGACUUGGAAUGGAGACUGGACCAGGAAUCAAAAGCAUAUCAUAAAGCUAAUGAUGAACGUAAACAGUACAUCCUGGAGAUUAACAUUACCAAGAGUACAUUAGAAGACUUAAAGAUGAAACAGCGAUACAACAAUAUCACCAGCCAUUAUGCACACAAUUAUGCCAUGGCUGCACAGAUGAACCAACAAAAUGACCAGCUCCACAGCCCAAGACAACAACGGGAUGAAGAUGGGAAUGUAAGAGAAAAUCACAGAGUCUUGGACCCUCGCAAAGGACCGAUGAAAAAAACAGUUGGCAUUCGAAAUUUGCCUAGCUUGGACCAAGAUGGUGACUAGAGAACUUUAUGAGGAAUAAACAAUUAGUAAAAAACUGCAAUCUAUAAAAGCCCUAAGGCUGUGGUCAUGCUGGGGCACUGCCAGUUGAGAUAUACUUUUAAACAUGGAAUUCUUUUAACCUGAAAAUCAAGCUUAAUAUCUGCAGUAAUUUAAAAAUUGUACAUAUAUUAAUACAGACAUGUAAAUAAUUUAUGAUAAAAUUUAAUAAAAUAAAUUAUUUAUACAUGCUUAUUAAUCUGCAAAAUAAUUGUUAUCAAAUAUGAAUAUCCAAUGACAAAAUAAAUUUUAUCAUAGUA